CCCACCCCUCCUCCUCCUCCUCCUCGGUGGCUGGGGCCCUGAAAGCCGUCGGCUGGGCCCUGCGUAGAGAGGGCUGCCCUGGAAGAGGAUAAGCCUCUCUCCCCCGCCGCUGGACCUGCGCAGCAGCAAAGGCCGACGAGUUGGCUGCAGAGGUUGACAUGGGGGGCAGCAUCCCUCGCUCGUAGCGAAGGGGAGGCCUCUCCGCUUGGCCAGGGUUGUGACGCUUCCUUGUCUUCGCUGUCCCCCAUCUCGAGGUUCUUGAGUUUGGGGCGGUGGGUCGGGAAUCGAGCUCGCCCUUCGGGUACCCAAAGCUCCCGUGCUGAGCACCCCGAGAUAGAGCCGAAGGUUACUGCCAGCUUCCCCAGGAGCGCUGCGUUUGUGAGCCUGAUGGCAGGAGACAAAGUCACGGGCAGAUUGCUUCGGUGACCGUGGUCUGAAAGCGGAGGCAAGCUGGUUGCUGACUGAGGAAAGGGCUUCGUUGCUUGCGUUGGGUCGAUAGUGCGGGAAAAGCCCUCGGACCUGCACAUCGACUGGGACUCCUGGCACCUGGGGCUUCCUCUUGCCAGAACUUUUAAAUCCCGGUGUUCCCAUGUUGAAAGCAACAGUUCCUGUCAUGCACCCACAACCGAUGUGACUGCUUGUGCCUUGUCUGGCUCUCCCAUGUGCUCAGUUCCUGGAGACCCUCUUACUUGCAGGGCAGCAGGAGGCUGGGCAGCAAAGUUUCUCUCGGCUCAAGGACUCUUGCCUUUUGCAUCGAAGAUGGCGGGUGGCGUGGACGGCCCCAUAGGGAUCCCGUUCCCUGAUCACAGCAGCGACAUCCUCAGCAGUCUGAAUGAGCAGAGAAACAACGGGCUGUUGUGCGACGUGAUCAUCUUGGUGGAAGGCCAGGAGUUCCCCACCCACCGCUCCGUCCUGGCGGCGUGCAGCCAGUACUUCAAGAAGCUCUUCACCUCAGGGUUAGUGGUGGACCAGCAAAACGUGUAUGAGAUAGACUUUGUGAGUGCGGACGCCUUGUCGGCUCUGCUGGAGUUCGCUUACACCGCGACCCUUACUGUCAGCACUUCAAAUGUCAAUGACAUCCUCAAUGCCGCCACACUGCUGGAGAUCCCGGCGGUAAGGGAUGUUUGCACGGAUCUCCUGGACAGGAAGAUUCUGGCCAAAAAUGACCAGAUGGAUACAGUAGAUCAAAUUGAUCAAAGGAACCAUCUCAGAGCAAAAGAGUACCUGGAGUUCUUCCAGAGCAACCCCGUCAAUGGCCACCAAGGCAGCUUUCCGUGGACCAACCCAGAGUUGAGAGACCUUCAGAGACUGAACUUCCGAGGCCAAGAGGAGGAGGAGGAGCCGGACUGCAAUGGCAUAGAAUUCUACUCGCAAGCCCCCCUAAACGAAAGACCAAAGCCAAAUGACUGUGAUCCUGACAGCAAUUCAGCCAUGUGGCUGGACAGGGAGGAGGAGGAGGCGGCUCCUGGCUCCUUGUUUUCACCUUCUCAGAAUGGACAUUACAGCGGCCGUGGCCUGCCCACACCGGGAGAAGAGGAGGGGACCCCGGGGGGGCCUCUGGACCAGCAGGAAGCCGGUGACUCCCCCAGCUUCGUUCCUGCUGGAGCGGAGACGGAGGAUGAUGUGAGGGAGGUGGAUGGCUUGGCUGCUAGCGCCCUGCUGCAGCAAAUGAUGAGUUCCGUGGGGAGACAGCAGCUCGGGGAGGAUGACCGAAAAGAUGACGAUGGGGUCAUGGAUUAUUACUUGAAAUAUUUCGGCAGUUCGAACGAGGGCGACGUCUAUCCGUCCUGGUCCCAGAAGGUGGAGAAGAAGAUCAGGGCAAAAGCAUUCCAAAAGUGCCCCAUCUGCGAGAAGGUGAUCCAGGGGGCUGGCAAGCUGCCGCGCCACAUCCGCACCCACACCGGGGAGAAGCCCUACGAGUGCAACAUCUGCAAAGUCCGAUUCACCAGGCAGGACAAGCUGAAGGUUCACAUGAGGAAACACACCGGGGAGAAGCCGUACUUGUGCCAGCAAUGCGGCGCCGCUUUCGCUCACAACUACGACUUGAAGAACCACAUGCGCGUCCACACCGGCCUGCGGCCCUACCAGUGCGACAGCUGCUUCAAGACUUUCGUCCGCUCCGACCACUUGCACAGGCACCUUAAAAAAGAUGGAUGCAACGGUAUUCCAUCCAGGAGGGGCCGUAAACCCCGGGUGAGAGAUGCCGGGGGUCUGCCUACCACCCCUACGGGGAACCCCGAAGAUGGAAGUUUUCAAGCCGGUGGGGAGAGUCAAGAAUCAGAGGACACCCUGCAGAGGAACGGCCAGGAGCAGCAGCACUUUGAGGAUAAUUCAAAUAAUGAAGCAUCAGGAUUGAAUGUAGCAGGAGGGUCGUCUGAGGGUAACACGCAAGGACUCUCCUAAACCAAAAAAACAAAGUGUCACAAAAUCUAGUUAGUACUUUUCCUCCGAUUUUUCUCUUUAAAGAUGUUUCUCUCCCUUUUUUUAAAAAAAAAACAGAAAAAAAUAUAUAUAUAUAUUAUGUUUCCAAUCUUCCCAUCGUAAGCAGGGCUCCCCCGAGGAUCCCUCAGUAGCCAAGGACCUUUUCUUGGAAAGGCAGAUGCUAGGAAGCACAGGGUGGGGAUGGAAAGUGGCUCUGUCACAUGGAAAAGAGCUUCCAUGUAAAUCCAAAGCUUUAUUUUGUGUCCAAACACACGUUAAAAAAAAAAAAAAACAAACCUAUUUCAGAGAGAGAUCUAUUUAAGAAAAAAAAAAGCAAAAAUAGAAAAAAAAAAGUGGUAGGAGUGGAAGGGCUCUUUCAGGGCGGGCGGUACAUGGUGCCUCGGAGGGCCGGGGGGAGCGGGGCCAGCCUUCCCCCCUCCGCUUUUUGGGAAGUUAAAGCUCCAGUGGCGCAAGAUGUUCGGUCGUUGCUGCGUCCCGAGGUGGAGAUGGCUCCUUCCAGGGAGAUCGGGGUUGGUUUUUUGGGGUAAGGGGGUGUGGGUCCUUCCCACAAGCCCCGGCGUGAAGCCGAAUUUGCCAGAGAGGGGAGCCGACGGCAGUGGCUCGGUGUAGAAAAUUGCCUAAAAUUGCCUAAUCGUGUGAGUGGACAACCAAGAUUUUGCAGGGCGGGUGUCGGACACCCCGGAUUGGGGACACCCCGGGUUGGGGACACCGGGGACUGGGGACACCGGCUCC